GUGCCUGGAUACAGAAAACCUUGGGAGAGAGUGUGACACGGUGCGGAGACCACAGCCGGAGGGGAGACAUGAAGCGUAAAUGUAUCUGCGAGAUCUGCACCUGCGGGCGCCACCAUUGCCCCCACGCACCUACAAUGAUUUUUGAAAAGUCUGAAAAGCCCUGUGUUCUCACUGAAUACGUGGAAAAAUACCCACAGUAUGAUCUUGUGCAGCCUCCUCAAAGUAUGAAGCCCAAGCAAGAAUACCAAGGAAACCGUGGAAAAAUUGAAGGACUAACAACCUUUAAGUCAGAUUAUCUCCCAUAUGAUGUUGUAAAUCGACCUGUGCGUGCUCAUGAAGAAUACAAACCGAAGCCGGGCCACAUCGACCUUGAAACAACCUAUCAUAAGGAUUUUAAUCCCUACAAAAUACAGCCUGUGGCACCGGUGCACCCAGUGGAUCAGCGGAAAAUGAAUGCUGGAAAGUUUGACGCUAACCCCACAUAUAAAGAUGAUUUCAGACCUUGGGAUAUUCAAAAAAGGGAACUUGCAAAAAAGGAAAGAGUUUAUCAGCCUCCAACAGAGAAGUUUGGUAACUCCACUACCUUCCAGGAUGAUUUUUUUCCAAAAGAUCUUAUGCCAAGAGAAAGCUUUAAGCCAUCAGGUAUUGCCAAGCUUAGCGACAUUCCUUUUGAUGGUACAACCAACCAUCGUGUAUCCUACGUUCCAUAUGAAUUGGAGCCAAGGUUUGCAAGAAAGAAGCAAGAGUAUAAGCCUAACAGCCAACCGUUUGAUGAUCUUACCACUCAUCGAAUCAACUAUAAGGGUGCCCCGGGAGAGAUAACUCAGAGCUACAAACCAGAGGCUGGUAAGGUUGGUAGCAGUGCACGUUUCGAGGGAAGCACUGAAUUCAAAGAUAGUUUUCAGCCUUGGUCUCUUCCCUUGCACCACGUUCAUAAAGCUGAAGAGUAUGUUCCACCCAGUACUCACAUGGCGCUAGAUACUACAACUCACACAGAUUACGUCCCGCACCAGUUGAAUUUUGUUGCCCCCAUCAGACCUGUGUCCCACGGAAGACGUAGCAAUGUACCCUUCCAAGGCAAUACUACAAUGAAAGAAGAUUUUAGAGCGUGGGAAACUGGUCGUCAACAAAUAAUCAAAAAAGAUCAUCAAAUCCCAAAGCCAUGUGGAAAAUUUGAAGGUUUAACUACAUUCAGGUCUCAUUACCUACCCCAUGAGAUCAAUCCAACUCAAAGUUACAAGCCUUCAAACAUGCCUCUCCGGAGUUCGGCUCCCUUUGAAGAUGGAACCAUGUAUCGUUCAGAUUAUACACCCAAGAGAAAUGAAAUCUGUCCAGCAAAUUAUCCAUCUCCACCUGGCUACAUAUUUGAAAAUAUUGAUAAUCGAGGCCACAGAAUGUUUCGGAAGAUUCUUACUCCAGAAAUGAAUGCAUUUUCCAAGAAAAAUGGAAAUAGCGCUGCACGGGCUAUUGCUGUGAUGUCUUAAAACAGAAAGAUUGUAUUUUACCAACUGAUUAUUAUGUAACAAUACUACUGUAAGCAUCGUAGUUUUCACCAAUUAAUUUUUUUUUCUCACUUUUACUUUCUUUACUCUUAAAUGCUAGAUAAGUGAACUCUUAUAGCAUAUAUUCAAUACCAGCAAAUAAAACUAAACUAGAUUUGCUUGA